AUUACUUGUUUCUCUGACGGAUCUGGCAACCCCCGGCUCGCUUGGAUUAGCAAACAUUCCAUCUGUCAAGGAAGCGACUUUAAAACACAUGAAAACAUCGAGUGAAGAACUCUGGAAGUUAAUCUUUGUUUAUAAACGUGUGGACUAGUCUGAGCUUCAGACGAAGACUACAAUGUUUGUUUUUAUAUGAAGAGGAUUUCCGGUGGUUUUGUCGCCGUGUGAAGGAUGGCAGGUAUUUUAAGGUUUCUGAAGCUGGGGCUGCAGGUCGACGUCCUGAGAGAAACUGGACGUCAGUAUCCGGUUUUCUGCUUCCUGCUGCUGUCCAUGAUCUCCGUGACGGUGCUGCUCAACAGGUAUAUCCACAUCCUGAUGGUGUUCUGGUCCUUCCUGGCUGGCGUCAUCACUUUCUACUGCUCCCUCGGACCAGAGUCUCUUCUCCCAAAUAUCUUCUUCAGCGUGAAGCCCAGGAACAAACGGCAGGAGCAGGAGUUGUUUCCUCUGGGACACAGCUGUGCCGUGUGCGGGAAGGUCAAGUGCAAACGUCACCGGCCGACACUUCUCCUAGAAAACCAUCAGCCAUGGUUGGACCUGAAAGUUCAUUCAAAAGUGGACGCAUCGGUCGCAGAGGUGUUUGAGUUAGUCCUGGAGAACUUCGUGUACCCCUGGUACAGGGACAUCACAGACGACGAGGCGUGCGUGGAUGAACUGAGGAUGACUUUCCGCUUCUUUGCGUCCGUGCUCGUCCGCCGCGCUCAGAAGGUGGAUGUUCCCGCUGUGUUUGCAGACAAAGUGAUGAAAGCUGCAAUGAAGCACAUUGAAAUCAUCUCAAAAGCUCGACUCAAAGUGAACAACGUGGACGCUCUCCAACAGGCCGGGCUGGAUGAAUACGGCCCUGACCUCCACAUCGCUCUGCGCAGCCGGAAAGACGAGCUGCUCUACCUGAGGAAGCUGACUGAGAUGCUGUUUCCAUACGUCAUGCCUCCCAAGGCCACAGACUGCAGGUCUCUGGCUCUGCUGAUCCGGGAGGUGAUGGCUGGAUCUGUUAUGUUACCAACCAUGGAUUUCAUGGCCGACCCU